ACUCCAAGAUAUAAUCUUCGUAAGAAUGUUAACGCACCGCAGCUAUAUACUUCAGUUCCUAAACCUUCCAAGACAUCACGUGACUCACCUCAUAAAAUUAGAUAUGUAGAAAAAUCCUCCUCUAAAACUUAUAGAAGAAUGGCUUCGCGUAACCACCUCGGCAGGAGAACUUAUGGUGGUCGUAUUUAUGAUUCUGAACAUGGUACAACUUGUCAUCAAUGUCGUCAAAAAACAAUUGAAGAUAAGGUUCAAUGUACCAAUGUUCUUCAAGAUGGAUCGUUAUGUAAAGUAAUGAUGGAUGAGCGAUGUUUGGUCGGCAGGAUUGAUAAGAGCGUCAAUGACGAUUUACGAUUUGUGAAAACAUAUCUUCCGGAAAAGUUUAAUAGUUUAAUUAAACUUGAGUCAUUGUAUAAAUACGAGAAAGCGGUAUCACCCCAUUUAGCGAUUAAUAAUCCGAUACCUAAAGAUGAAGAUGUAUUGAAUAAAAUAAAAGGAUCUAUAUCGGAAUCUUAUAAUGAAUCAUUGAAAGAUGGAGGGAGGUUAUUUUUGGAAACAGCUGGCGGCGUAAAUAGUCCGAUCAUGUCAGGUACCAUACAAUCGGAGUUUUAUCGAGCAUUGAGGUUACCGAUAAUUUUAGUGGGAGAUAGUAAUUUAGGGGGAAUAAGUACGACAAUAUCAUCAUAUGAAUCUUUAACACUGAGAGGAUAUGACAUUCCAACCUUACUAUUAUUUAAUAAUGAAAGAUAUAAUAAUCAUUUAUUCAUUGAAAAAUAUUUUAAUGAGAAUCAAAAUUCGUCUAUUAUUACGCCUAAAAUAUUUCCCAUUUCAUUACCACCACCAAAAUCGGAAAAUGAUUUAUCAGAUGUCAAAGGGUUAGAGGAAUAUUUUGAUUCAAAUGAUGAAAAUUUUAAAGCCAUAAUUAGUACAUUGGAGGAAUGGCAUGACAAUAGAUUUAAUAGACUGGAUGAAAUGGAGGAGAAAGCCAAAGAAAUAGUUUGGUGGCCAUUCACCCAACACGAUAAAGUUGAUGGGGUUAACGUGAUUGAUUCCGCGUAUAAAGAUUUAUUAAUAAGUUACAAGGACGAUUCUAAUCUAGGAGAGACAUUUGAUGGGUCCGCAAGUUGGUGGACGCAAGGGUUGGGUCAUGGGAAUUCUAAAUUAACAUUAACGGCAUCGUAUGCAUCAGGUAGAUACGGUCACAUAUUAUUUCCCGAAUCGAUUCAUGAACCUUCUUUAUCAUUAUCGGAAUCUUUGCUUGAUGGGGUAGGGAAAAAUUGGGCCAACAGG